ACACUCAGAGCUGCGGGGGAAAACGGGAGCAGAAGUAACCGCGUGCGCACGCGCGUGUGUGUGUAUGUGUGUGUAUGUGCCUGCAUGUGUGUUUGAGUGUGUGUGUGAGUGAAUGUGUGGAAGGAGGAAAAAACUCGGGGAAAAGACCCGAAGCGCGUUUGUGCUGACUGCCUAAAACACCCCGAACACAGGAUUACACUUCGGCUGGGGACAGAAACAGCGUGUCGUUUUCAGGGACACGGAAAAGUGGAUUUGUUCAUUUUUGCGGUCUCGAGCGCGGAGUUUGACGGUGUCACGGAGAGAGAAAUGCGAAGGGAGAAGCACGAGCCGGAGACACGGUUCUAGCCUAUGAUUGUGUAAAAGCGAGGAAGGAAAGAGUGGCAUUGAGGAGGAGGAGGAGGAGAAGAAAGAAAAAGAAGUAGCAGCCUGGAACAUGGUGCCUCAUAUUUGCCCCUCAGUGCCGUUGACGCCUCGCUGGCUUUCUGUCCUGCUCCUGCUGGGCUGCACGGUCGUCCCCUCUCCCUCCCACGCUGACAGUUUGCCGAGUUUCGUCAAGACUCCAGAGGACCAGACGGGGAUUUCAGGGGGCGUGGCCUCUUUCGUAUGCCAGGCGGUCGGAGAACCCAAACCUCGUAUCACAUGGAUGAAAAAGGGGAAGAAAGUCAGCUCUCAGCGCUUUGAGGUGAUUGAGUUUGAUGAUGGCUCGGGCUCCGUCCUGCGUAUUCAGCCCCUGCGCACACACCGAGACGAAGCCAUCUACGAGUGUACAGCCACCAGCAGUGUUGGAGAAAUCAACACCAGCGCCAAACUCACCGUGCUGGAAGAGAAUCAGAUCCCUCUGGGUUUCCCGAGUAUAGACAUGGGUCCUCAGCUCAAAGUGGUGGAGCGAACACGGACGGCUACGAUGCUCUGCGCCGCUAGCGGAAACCCCGAUCCGGAAAUUUCCUGGUUUAAAGAUUUCCUUCCUGUUGACAUCAACAGCAGCAACGGACGGAUAAAGCAGCUUCGCUCAGGUGGCUCACCGAUCCGAGGAGCUCUGCAGAUCGAGAACAGUGAAGAGUCGGAUCAGGGAAAAUACGAGUGUGUGGCGACAAACAGUGCCGGGACGCGUUACUCCGCCCCCGCCAACCUCUACGUUCGAGAGCCACGAGAAGAUCAGCGUGAAGUACGACGGGUACCGCCCCGUUUCUCCAUCCCACCCAGUGAUCAGGAGGUGAUGCCAGGGGGCAGCACCAACCUGACCUGUGUCGCCGUCGGAGCCCCGAUGCCCUACGUCAAGUGGAUGACUGGAGAAACCGAGCUCACCAAAGAAGAGGAAAUGCCCGUAGGACGCAACGUUCUGGAACUCACCAACAUCCGAAAGUCGGCUAACUACACCUGCGUGGCCAUGUCUUCUCUGGGAAUGAUCGAAGCCACGGCGCAAGUUACAGUCAAAGCUCUUCCCAAACCGCCCACAUCUCUGACCGUAACUGAAACAACGGCCACAAGCGUCACCCUGACGUGGGAUUCUGGGAACCCGGAACCUGUGUCCUACUACAUGAUCCAGUACCGCUCCAAAGCUUCUGACAGCAGCUACCAGGAAGUGGACGGUGUUGCAACAACGCGCUACAGCAUCGGCGGGUUGAGUCCAUACUCAGAGUACGAGUUCCGCAUAAUGGCGGUGAACAACAUUGGGCGUGGUCCACCAAGUGAUGCUGUGGAGACUCGCACUAGCGAACAGGCGCCUUCGUCUCCUCCGUUGCACGUGCAGGCACGUAUGCUGAGCUCCAGCACCAUGCUGGUGCAGUGGGAACCACCUGAGGAACCCAACGGGCAGAUUCGCGGGUAUCGCAUCUAUUACACGACCGAUCCGGACAUGCAGCUCAGUGCCUGGCUGAAGCACAACACUGACGACAGCCGACUGACCACGAUCUCUGGAUUAACCACCAACGUCACCUACAGUCUUCGUGUCCUGGGCUUCACUUCUGUAGGAGACGGACCUCCGUCUGAUGUCCUGCAGGUCAAAACACAACAAGGAGUCCCCGCACAGCCUUCUGGAUUCGAGGCCGAAGCCGAACUGGACACCAGGAUUAUGCUGAAGUGGCUUCUUCCUGUUCAGGAGCCCAUCACUAAGUACGAGCUACAUUACUGGGAGGCCGGUUCAGAUAAUAAGCUCAGUGUCACCUUCAACCCGGCCGGGUCGUACGCCGUGGAAGGCCUGAAGCCAGACACUCUGUAUAUGUUCUCCCUCGCCGCUCGCUCUGAAAUGGGCCUGGGGGUCUUCACCAAGCCCAUCGAAGCCAGGACCGCUCAGUCCACACCCUCAGCUCCACCUCAGGACGUUCAGGUGCUCAGUCUGAGCUCUACCAGCAUUAAGGUGAGUUGGGUUCCUCCACCUGCUGCCAGCAGGCACGGCGCUAUCGUUCGCUACACCGUGAGCUACCAGGCGGUGAACGGCGAGGACACUGAGCGGCACGAAGUGACUGACAUCGGAGCGGAUGCCACCAGUGUUGUACUAGAGGGGUUGGGGAAGUGGACGGAGUAUGUGGUGCGUGUGAGGGCUCACACUGAUGUGGGGCCUGGACCUGAGAGCACAGCGGUACGCAUCAGAACCAACGAGGAUGUGCCCGGAGCUCCUCCUCGUAAGCUGGAGGUCGAGGCUAUAAACUCCACGGCUAUCCGUGUGACGUGGAAGCCGCCGCUCUCGGUAAAACAGCACGGUCAGAUCCGCGGGUAUCAGGUGAUUUACUCCCGACUGGAGAACGGAGAACCACGAGGGCAUCCGAACAUCAUGGACGUGGCACUGCCUGAAGCUCAGUGGAGCAUUGAGGACAGCACCGAAUAUGAAGCCGUCAUCUCUGGUCUGAUCUCCGAGACAUCGUACUCGGUCACGGUAGCAGCGUACACCACCAGAGGAGACGGAGCAAGGAGCAAAGCCAAGGUCAUCAAAACCACAGGAGCAGUUCCUGGCAGGCCCACCAUGCUCAUCAGCAUCACGGUGGGCGACACGGCCCUCAUGCAAUGGCAGCCUCCGAAGGACAUGCCGGGCGAGCUGAUUGGCUAUCGGCUACGCUACAAGCGCUUGGACGAGGAAUUGUUCACGGUGCAUAACUUUGGGAGCAAAGACGACCACUACACAGCGACGGGUCUCUUCAAGGGCGCCACCUACAGCUUCCACUUGAGUGCCAAGAACCGUGCAGGCACCGGAGAAGAGUAUGUUAAGAACAUCAGUACGCAGGAGGAAGCGCCUAGCGGAUUUCCGCUGAACCUGAGCGUAGUGGGACUGACCACCACAACCACGAGGCUUACAUGGGCGCCGCCGGCCCCCGCUGAACGGAAUGGACGCAUUACUCACUACAUCGUUGUUUACAGAGACAUCAACAGCCAGCAGAACAGCACCAAUCGAACGUCAGACACGAACAUGAUGCUUCAUGACCUCCGACCUGACACCACCUACGACAUCCGCAUCCAGGCUUUCAACAGCAAGGGGGGUGGACCCAUGAGCCCCAGCAUCCAGAGCAGGACCAUGGCCACGUCACCAGCUUUCGCAACAAGUUUUGGCGUCAAAUCUGUGAUGAAGACGUCCGUCCUUCUGACCUGGGAGCUCCCGGAGAACUUCAAACCUCAAGGGCUUUUUAAGAUUCUGUAUAAUCAGCAGAGCGUGGAGGUUCAGAGCAACAUGAAGAGGAAACUGAUCACAGGCCUGAAGCCCGACACUAAUUACUCGUUCGUGUUAAUGAGUCGAGGGAACAGCGCCGGAGGACUGCAGCAGCAGGUCUCUAUCCGUACCGCUCCAGAUGUCCUCAGAACCAAACCGGUGCUGUUCAAAACCGACGAGAACAACGGAGGAAAAAUCACCAUCAACCUUCCCAAAGUGGUGACUACAGCAUCGAUCAGUUGGUAUUACAUCGUGGUUGUUCCGGGCUCACAGACAUCACACAGGUGGGAAAAUCCGGACGAAAUAGACCUUGAUGAGCUUCUCGAGGUCAGUAAAGUUUCUCCAUCGAGGCGCCGUCGCCAAUACGUUGAAAUUCCGAGACCGUACAUCGCUGCCAAGCUGGAAUACCUUCCUGAGACGUUCACGCUGGGAGACGAGCUCAACUACAAUGGCUUCUACAAUCGCCCGGUGCCUAGCAACCAGCCGUACCAGUGUUCCGUCAUGGCCGAGAUGAAGGAGCAGCACCUUCUCAGUGCCAAUGAGAAACAGCGUGUUUUCUCCUCCAGCCCGUACUCAGACCUGUUGACGGUGGAUAACGGCUACGUGGCUCGCAGCGUGGAGUCUCCUGAGAUGCUGUGGGUGAUGGGGCCGGUCCUCGCCGUGGUGCUCAUCGUCAGCAUCGUCAUCGCCAUCAUCCUCUUUAAAAGCAAACAGGAGAGGAAGCGAGCAUCUCCGUUGCCUAAAGACGAACAUUUAAGCGGGGUGAAGGACUCCCUCCUGGCUAACUCGUCUGAUCCUGUGGAACUGAGGAGAAUGAACUAUCAGACACCAGGUCCCAGCACUUCCUGCUGCCCCGACACUCCAAGAAUGAGAGAACAUCCUCCCAUCUCCGUAUGUGAGCUAGCCGACCAUAUCGAGCGCCUCAAAGCCAACGACAGCCUGCGUUUCUCACAGGAGUACGAGUCCAUCGAUCCGGGCCAACAGUUCACCUGGGAGAACUCCAACAUGGAGGUGAACAAGCCCAAAAACCGCUACGCUAACGUCAUCGCCUACGAUCACUCCAGAGUCGUGCUGUCCUGCGUGGACGGUGUUCCAGGUAGCGACUACAUCAACUCGAACUACAUCGACGGCUACCGUAAGCAGAACGCCUACAUCGCCACGCAGGGCCCUCUGCCCGAGACGUUCAGUGAUUUCUGGAGGAUGGUGUGGGAGCAGAGAACCAACACCAUCAUCAUGAUGACCAGACUAGAGGAGAAAUCACGGGUUAAGUGUGACCAGUAUUGGCCAGUUCGUGGAACAGAAACAUACGGAAUGAUCCAGGUCACCAUGUUGGAUACCGUGGAGCUGGCGACGUACAGUGUGCGCACGUUUGCGCUCUAUAAGAAUGGCUCCAGUGAGAAGAGAGAGGUGAGACAGUUCCAGUUCAUGGCGUGGCCGGAUCACGGCGUGCCGGAGUACCCCACGCCCAUCCUGGCCUUCCUGCGCAGGGUUAAAGCAUGUAACCCUCCUGAUGCUGGGCCCAUGGUGGUGCACUGCAGUGCCGGUGUGGGUCGCACCGGCUGCCUCAUCGUGAUCGACGCCAUGCUCGAGCGCAUGAAACACGAGAAAACGGUGGACAUUUAUGGCCAUGUGACGUGCAUGCGUUCUCAGAGGAACUACAUGGUGCAGACGGAGGAUCAGUACAUCUUUAUCCACGAGGCGCUGCUGGAGGCCGCGACCUGCGGCAUCACCGAGGUUCCCGCACGAAACCUCUACACACACAUCCAGAAACUGAGCCAGCUGUCGCCCGGAGAGCCCGUCACCUACAUGGAACUCGAGUUUAAGAAUCUGGCCAGUUCAAAAGCUCACACAUCACGGUUCAUCAGUGCCAACCUGCCAUGCAACAAGUUCAAGAACCGGCUGGUGAACAUCAUGCCGUUCGAGUCGACACGUGUGUGUCUGCAGCCAAUCAGAGGGGUUGAGGGGUCUGACUACAUCAACGCCAGCUGCAUUGAUGGUUACAGACAACAGAAAGCAUACAUUGCCACACAGGGUCCUCUGGCUGAGACCACAGAGGAUUUUUGGAGGAUGCUGUGGGAGCACAACUCAACCAUCGUGGUGAUGCUAACUAAACUCCGAGAGAUGGGACGGGAGAAAUGUCAUCAGUACUGGCCGGCUGAGCGCUCCGCCCGUUAUCAGUACUUCGUGGUCGACCCCAUGGCUGAGUACAACAUGCCUCAGUACAUCCUGCGAGAGUUUAAAGUCACAGACGCCAGAGACGGCCAAUCACGGACGAUCCGCCAGUUCCAGUUCACUGAUUGGCCGGAGCAGGGCGUGCCGAAGACGGGCGAAGGGUUUAUUGAUUUUAUUGGACAAGUUCAUAAAACCAAGGAGCAGUUCGGCCAGGACGGACCAAUCACUGUGCACUGCAGUGCCGGAGUGGGCAGGACCGGAGUGUUCAUCACUCUCAGCAUCGUUCUGGAGAGGAUGAGAUAUGAAGGUGUGGUGGAUUUGUUCCAGACGGUUAAAACUCUGCGCACUCAGAGACCUGCCAUGGUGCAGACUGAGGACCAGUACCAGCUGUGUUACCGAGCAGCUCUGGAAUAUCUGGGGAGUUUCGACCACUAUGCAACGUAACACUAUGGGACUGAAUAUCUACCGGGAAUGAAAACACUUCUGUGUGUGUGUGUGUGUGUGUGUGUGUGUGUGUGUGUGUGUGUGUGUGUGUGUGUGUGUGUGUGUGUGUGUGCACGAGAGAGAGUGUGUGUGCGUUGACACAAACAUGGUACAAAACAUAGCUUCUUUUCUGACUUUCUCUUCUGCAGCUCUGGACAUUUUACACACACACACACACACACACACACACACACACACACACACACACACACACACUAAACGGCUACUGGUAGCGUUUUUUUUUGAUAAUCAUUAUAAGAUUUUAUUCUGACUUUAUUUAGAAUAUUUUAAAGUGUUUAAUAAUCUAACUUCCUUCUCACCUCUUUUUCUUUUCCAUAACACGUUACUGUUUUGUUUUUUUAUUAUUAUUUAAUUUUAAUUGUAAAUUUAUUUCUUUUCUUUUUUUAUUGUAGCACACAAUGGGUGUGGUUGUGAUUAUAACAGGUACUAAUACCAGAGGACCUCUGUUCUCAGAGCUGCUGUCAGAGUUCAUUCAUAACACACUUUUAUUAUUUUGUAUUUUAUUUCUUUUAUAUAUAUAAUUUGUAUUUUUUUAAAAGGGUUUUAAUAAUUAUUAUUAUUAUUAUUAUUAUUAUUAUUACUAUUCGACGCAUCACGGCGGUUUAAUUUGUUUUCUUUAUAUAAAAGGAUAUAUUGAGGAAAAGAAAAAAAAAGUCAACAACGCUAAACACGCCACGGCGGAAAUACGCAGCACGUAAAGGCGUGUGCUGAGAUCCGAUAUUUUAUAUUAUGAUAAUAGUGUUAUCACGAUCUCAAUAUUGUCUGUUAGUAUCACAAUAAACCAUAAACAAACAAACAUGUUGAUAUCCACUGGCUCUGUAACCGCUAACAUGAAUCCUGCUGAUUGGACGGCGCUGGGUCAUGUGACUCCUGUGGAACGUUGGCUCUCUGGCGUAUUUGAUUGGCGGCACGUGUCUGUACGUGGCGUCUAUAAUUAACGGGAAAUGUCUGAAACGAUACGUUUGGGUUCUGAAUCUGAUUUUCUCAUCCCAGUGUACAGUAUUAACCACUCCACAAGUGAACUUUUUAUACAGAAAUCUAUAUAUAAAUAUAUAAAUAUACACGUAUAAAUAUGAGAAGUUAUAAAUAUUAUCCAUAUAGUAUAUAAAGAGCUCCAGAUGUAUGAUAAGUGGUCGGUUCUGCAGACGAACACGAUCGGGUCGUACCAACUACAGAGAGACUGCGGGGGGGGUGAAACUGUAUUAAUCCUGCAAAAAGUAAUAACUACUGUAUUAAUCCUGAUACACACCACACAUACACACACACGUGUGUCUGAGAGUGGGUGUAUGUGUGGGUGCUUGAGAGUGUGUGUGUGUGUGUGUGUGUGUGUGUGUGUGUGUGUGUGUGUGUGUGUGUGUGUGUGUGUGUGUGUGUGUGUGUGUGUUCUCUCUGAUGAAGCACAGCGGAGGCCUGAUUAUAAACACACACUAAAAGUUGGCCAAAAGUUUCCUUUCUACCUUGUGAAUGGUUCUUGCUGUAGGGGUUGAAAUCUGUUGUAUACACACACUCUGUUUUCUAUUUGUUAAUAAUUACAAGAAAAAGAACAUUUAAAAACUUGAUGUUAAUAAAGUUGAAUAAUUGUU